AUGGCUGGUUCGCUAGCUGCAGAGAUGGCGUCGUUUAACGUCGCCAGCGCCAAUGCCGCGGCCCGCUUGGGGUCGUGCCAGUCCAUCCGCGGGGCGAGAGUGCAGGGGAUGCAGAAUGGGUGCAAGGUGGCCAUGACUGCUACUGUAGCUCGCCCGUCCGCGUCGACUGAUGCGAAGAAGCACAAGAUGGUAACCAAUCAGCGGGCGCACACCAUCAGCCCCGAGAAACUCGAGCUCGUACAGUCUCUCGAGGGCUGGGCCGAGGAGACGCUCCUUCCGCUUCUCAAGCCCGUCGAGUCCGCGUGGCAGCCGUCUGACUUCCUCCCGUCAUCUGAGAAGGAGAGCUUCAUCGACGAAGUCAAGGAGCUGCGCGAACGGGCGAAGGAGUUACCCGACGAGUAUUUCGUCUCGCUCGUUGGCGACAUGAUCACGGAGGAGGCGUUACCGACGUACCAGACGAUGCUCAACACGCUGGACGGCACGCGCGACGAGACGGGCGCGAGCCCGACCCCGUGGGGCAUAUGGACUCGGCAGUGGACGGCGGAGGAGAACCGCCACGGCGAUCUGCUCAACCGCUAUCUCUACCUCACGGGCCGCGUCAACAUGCGCGCCGUGGAGACGACCAUCCAGUACCUCAUCGGAUCCGGCAUGGACCCCAAGACGGAGAACAACCCGUACCUGGGCUUCCUCUACACGUCGUUUCAGGAGCGCGCGACGGCCAUCUCGCACGGCAACACGGCGCGGCACGCGGUGUUCAAGGGGGAGAAGAACCUGGGGCGCAUAUGCGGGCUGAUCGCGGCGGACGAGAAGCGGCACGAGCGCGCGUACCAGGCGAUCGUGGGCAAGCUGUACGAGCUGGACCCCAACGGCGCCAUGCUCGCCUUCGAAGACAUGAUGAAGAAACAGAUCGUGAUGCCCGCGCACCUCAUGUACGACGGGGAGAACGAGAAGCUGUUUGACGCGUUCACCAUGGUGGCGCAGCGCACGGGUGUGUACACGGCCAACGACUAUGUCAGCAUCAUUGAGCAUCUCAUUGCCAGAUGGAACGUUGAGAAGAUAGAGGGGCUCGAUGCUGACGGCCGCAGGGCACAGGAAUAUGUGUGCAAGCUUCCGCCGCGCAUCCGCAAGCUGGCCGAGCGAUCAGCAGAUAAGCUCAAGAAGGCGGGUCCGAAAACGGGCAAGUUUAGCUGGGUGUUCAACAGGGAGGUUGUGCUUGUUGAGAGGCGCUUCCAAGGCCUUUCGGACGCGGAUUUCCAGCCGUUGGAUUCAUGUACCAUCUCGCCUUCACCAGAUGGAUCACGCCUGAACGACUCUUAUGACGGCUCGUCGCUCCCUCGUCCGUCGGGUGGAGCCUCUCCGGUCUCUGCGGUGGCGACAGGUGCUGCAGCCGCGGCGACGGUGGUGCGAUGGCGAGUGCUGUGUCGCGCGUGGCCCGCUCACUGGCAACAACUGAGAAGCAUAUGGCUGUCGUGCGCGUGGGGAGAGAUGCUUCCCCACUGGUGCACCCACGGCAGAAAUGGUGGCGGAAGUGGUGCCUUCAGACGCGCCUCCACCUCCCCCAUGCCAGGCUGCAGUGCGUCUUUUCGUGCCUCGCCCGCAUCAGACGAUGAAGAUUCCCCUGAUGGGUUUGAUUCCCUUGACAGCAGUUACUGGAUGCCCUUCUCCUUCCCUCACACUCUCCCUGGCUCCCGCACUCACCCCAUCCUCUUCAUUGCAUCCAACCCUCUCCCUCCUGCUCCCAGUAAGCCACCAUUCCUACCCCACAGCUUCCUCCUCCCGUCCCCGCACUUCCUCCCAAACUUGUACGCUUCCACUCGCAUCACUCACAUCACUCGCAUCACUCGCAUGAAAAGCCAGUGGACGCGUCACAGCCACGAAGUUUUCCAGGAGACGGACGUGCGGGGGAGUGGGGUGGACGAUUGGAGGAAGGGAGAGUCGGAGGGGGUGCAAGUAGGACAGGAACAAUGCGGCAGAGGGAGUGUGAGCAGGGAGGAAGCAGAGAGGCUAGAGCGUGUGUGGUCAUUCAUCCGCCACCAUCCCGCCUCUCUCCCUCUCAUGCCUCGCCUCCUCUCCUUGCGCCUUCCACCGGACCUUCGCCCUCCCACAUCUCCCUCGCAUCCCACCUCUCCCACCAUGGUUGUGCAAGCAAGCAACGGCAGAUAUUGCAGCAGCAGCUCCAACAGCAGUAGCAUCAACGGCAGUGGUGGUACAGUGUUGGAUCGGCGACUCGUGAUGCUGCUGGUGCGACGGCUCAAGGAGAGGCAGCGACACCAGCAUGCUCUCGAGCUGCUGCAAUGGCACAUGGCCCGCCCCCCUUCGCACGGCUCACCACACAGUCCGCAUGAGCAUGAGCAUGAGCAGGGGAGCCAGUCAAGCCACAGGGGCGUGGAGAGGGAGGACCCGGAGUGGGAGGCGUGUGAGCUGAUAGACGGGUUGGCUCGCUGCGGCCGAUGGAGAGACGCCAGGGAUGCCUUCCUCGCCCUGCCACGCCACGCCCGCUCUCACAAGGCAUACAGUGGAGUGUUGUACCAUCUGGCGCGCACGGGCCAGCACAGCCAGUUGCAGGAGGAGCUGCAGUGGCUGCAUGAGACAGCAGGGGCGGCGCUGGGUGUGAGCUCCUUCAACGCGCGCCUGCUCGCCCUCUCCACCCUGCCGUCGCGUCUAGCCUCUGCUGAUUCAGUGACACAGAGGAUGGAUGGUAUUAUGGAAGAGAUGAAGGCGAAGGGCAUCACCCCGUCCCUCUUCACCUUCCACAUCCUCCUGCGCCACUGCCUGCACCACCCUCCUCACGCACCCACGUCCUCUCCUGACCGCCUCGACGCCCUCCUGCACGCCAUGCAUCACCACCACCUGCUGCCCUCCGCCCAAACCCACUCCAUCCUGCUCCGGGUGUUCCUUCACACGGGGCAGCUGGCCCGGGCAGAAAAAUCUUUCCACGCCAUGCUGGGGGAUGGCUUGGCACCGUCUUCCACUGCUUGCGCUGUGUUGUGGAUGGCGAUGGGGCGGGCAGGGAAGGGGGGCCGUGGGGGGGAGGUGGAGGGGAUGUGGAGGAGGGUGGGUGGGAUGGGGGUGAGGGUGACUCGACCCAUGCAUGUGGCGCGCAUAGCAGCGCAUGUGGCGGCUGGGGAUAUAGCCAUGGCUGAAGAGGCGUUCUCCUCUCUGCAUGCCUGCAUCCGUCGCCUUGACCGUGAUGCAUGUAACGCUCUUCUUAAGGGGUACACGCGGGCAAACAUGCCAGAUGCUGCGCUGCGAUUGGUCGAUGACAUGCAGAGGGCCAACAUUUCUUGCGGCACAGCCACACUCUCCCUCCUCCUCUCCUGCCUCUCUCGCUCCCAACGCCUCUCCCACGCCACCGCCCUCCUCACUCAACUGGUCACCCCUGUUGACACCCAUGUAACCCUUGAUCCUCGUGCCACCACCAAGCCAUUGAGCUCUCCUUUUCAUCCCGAAUCCCUGGAUGGGUCCGUGCGUCAGCGCAUGCCUCCUCCUGCAACUCCUUGCCACGCUCUUCCCUCCUACUCUCCUCGCCACCACGGCUCACACCCCUCUACGCCCCCAGCUGCCAUCAAGCGGCGCACGCUGCGGGGGCUGAUGGAGGCACUCAAGGCGGAGGGGCACGUGGAGGGCGUGAGGCAGGCGAUUCAGGCAGGCGAGGCCAUGUGGGGCACCGGUGAGGUGGCCUGGUACAAGAUGCUCAUAGGGGCCAUGCUGCGACGCGCUGAGGUGCUUGCAGGGAAGGGGGAAGGAGGAGAUGGAGAGGGUAGCAGUGGGGGGAGGUGGGAGGAGGCGGCGAGGGGGGUUGAAGAGGAGAUGCGGGUGAAGGGAGUGAGGGCGGAUCAUGAGAUCCUUCUCUGCUUCAACCCCUUCUCUGCUUCACCCCCUUCUCUGCUUCAACCCCUUCUCUGCUUCAACCCCUUCUCUGCUUCAACCCCUUCUCUGCUUCAACCCCUUCUCUGCUUCAACCCCUUCUCUGCUUCAACCCCUUCUCUGCUUCAACCCCUUCUCUGCUUCAUCCCCUUCUCUGCUUCAACCCCUUCUCUGCUUCAUCCCCUUCUCUGCUUCAACCCCUUCUCUGCUUCACCCCCUUCUCUGCUUCAACCCCUUCUCUGCUUCACCCCCUUCUCUGCUUCAACCCCUUCUCUGCUUCAACCCCUUCUCUGCUUCACCCCCUUCUCUGCUUCAACCCCUUCUCUGCUUCAUCCCCUUCUCUGCUUCAACCCCUUCUCUGCUUCACCCCCUUCUCUGCUUCAACCCCUUCUCUGCUUCAACCAUUCACUGCUUCUCCCCCUUCUAUGCUUCUCCCCCUUCUCUGCUACACCCUUUUUCCUUCACCCGAUCUCUGCUACACCCCAACUCUGCUUCACCCCUUCUCCUUCACACCAUCUCUACGUCACCAAUUCUAUCUUUCUAUCCUUCCCUGGUUCACCCCUUUCUCUGCUUCACAACUUAUCUGCUUCACCGUCUUUUUAUUUCUUUUUUUUUGUGUGGGAGGAAAAAAAUCCGUCCCGUCAGCUCCCCCUUGAUGGGUUUGCCGACGGACCGAGACCCUCAAAGCAGGGUACUGCCGUUCAUUCGGCUAAAAACCUCCGUAGAACCCCGCCUGCCUAUCUGCUUCACCCCUUCUCUGCUGCUCCACCCCUUCUCUGCUGCUCCACCCCUUCUCUGCUGCUCCACCCCUUCUCUGCUGCUCCACCCCUUCUCCCCUUAAAAACUUUCCUUGGCAACGGCCCAUAA